AGUUGGCAGGAGGGGCAGUACUGCAUGCACCGGUCUUCAUGGCGUUUUAGUUAAUUGGUUGUAAAAUAACUUUCAUCCCGUAACAAAGUUGGAGAAAUAAAGCACGUAAUAAAAAUUGCGUCUUGUAAGAGGCAAAAUUGGGUAAAUUCCAGUAACUUGUUAUCUAUCUGUUUAGUUGCGUGGACUGGACUGGACAGACAGCUCUGAAUACAUACCAACCGGACUGGAAUCUUAUCUCUAGUAAGAUUCCCCUUACAGGAAAAGUUUUGUGUGUCCGUGAGAAUUUUUGCGAGAGUUUGAGUGGUUGGCGACUAAAUGGCGAAGCGAGAGAGAUAGAGAUCCGAUCAUUACUUGAGGUUUAGCAUUUUAUCUGAUGAAUGCAAUCCAGCCAUUAAAGCCCAGUCUGACCAAAGUUGUUACCAAGUAGUGUUUAAUGUACGGAGGCUUGUGUAAUAAGUCUGAGUGAGUGAGUGAGAGAUAGGCAAAAAAUAUUUGCAUACAUAUAGGGCAGAUAAUAAAACCGUCGUGAUUUACUACUACCAACAACAACGUGCUCUUUUAUAUUUAAGGUGGUCUCCCUACGCGCUAUCCACUUCAUUAUCAAUUUACUCGUGGGCCAAGUUAAUCAUGCUACUUGCUACCGAGUGCUUCUUCUUGUGUGCUAAUUGAAAUUGAAGUGACAAACACGAACCAGAAUUAAAUAAGAUGUUCAUCUAACAGAAAUUGACGGAGAAGGAAGAAGACAAUCUCAUCUCAUCUUUCCUCCAGCAGCGAGAUACACUACUUGGCAUUUUACAUGUAAAAGCUACUUGAAAAGAGAGAACAACUGGAUUUUUGUCCACUUUACCAUACCACCAACUACAACUCAUGGUUUUCUUCGUGGUGUUGGUUUAGCAGAGAGUGGUUGAAGUGAAUCCAAUCGGAAAUUGGCAAAAAAAGUCAACCACUACUUGAUUCCUCGCUAAAGAAUUAUAAAACUCUAUAUAAACUCUGAAACUCUUAAGGUCAGGACACCGAUAUUAAAUACAAAAUUUGGCCAAUACAUUUUGUGUACUCUGACGUAUCCACUUUUCUGAGGUUUGUUCGUUCAGAAAGGAACAAGGAAACGGAAAACGUCAAAUGUUAUCUUAACAACUUAACAAUAAUUUUUACCAGUGCAGUGUACAAUUCGUGUUAUACAUACAUGCAAUAUUAUUUCCACACCAAAGAGUUUUCUGGCUGGCACUCCUUUUUAACUUAUGUCUUGACCUGUCAGACACACUACUAGCACGUAGUAAAACCUUUAAUUAUAUGCAGUUUUAGAAACACCUAAGGGUUAAUAAUAAUAAUAAUAUCACGUCACGCCAAGUGUAGGUCACGUCUCUUGAGACUAAAAAGCGCAUAUUUAUUAUCACACACAUAUCCACAUUGUUCCAAUUCUUCAUAAUAAAUUAUGCUCUCCAAGGCCCAUCAUCGCAAUAAUCAGUAAAGUGAACUCAACUGUGACUACUGUGUAGGGAAGCAGGCAGCCGUUUGCAUUCUCUGAAUAUAUGAAAAACUUUCAAGAAACUCUUUUGCAAAGUUUUUUGAACUGUGAAAAUAAUUGGGAUUCUGACUCGAGAGCUUUGGAGCUGCUGGAUGGAGGAUAGAAUAAUAAAUCUACCACCCGAGUAAAUCAUUUCUAAACCCAUCGCCCAAUUUACGACACACUACACGUAGAGAAAAAAACUCUUAAAUUUACAACUUUCCCCAAAAACCUUGUUUGUUAUUGGCUCUCAAAAUUUUCCUCUUCUCGACAAGAUGAGCAAAUCCAACCAAAAUAGUGGCAUGUAUUGGAUAGACGGAUCUCGGCGAAAUGACGACUUUUACACGGUCUACAGUGUUGACAGCGUUAUGGGAAAGGGAGUGACGUCAACCGUUUUCCGAUGCAGGAACAAAUCCACUAAAGAAGAAUGUGCGGCGAAAGUGAUUCAGAAGAUGGGUCAAGGGAAACGAAAGAAGGUUAUUUCAUCCGAAGUAGAGGCCUUGUUGCAAUUGAAUCACCCAAAUAUUGUUAAAAUGCUGGACAUUUUCGAAUCUGUGACGGAAGUCUACAUCGUACUAGAACUUGCUGCAGGCGGCGAACUAUUUGAUAGAAUAGUGAAGAAAGGUCACUACAGUGAAAAGGAGGCUGCCAGAGUUACCUAUCAAGUUCUUAGUGCUUUGGAGUACUCUCACGGGAAGGGUAUUGCUCAUCGCGACAUAAAACCAGAAAACAUACUCUAUUCCUCCGCUUCGGACGAUUCAUUAAUAAAGAUUUCCGAUUUCGGAUUCGCUAAACAUGUUGAUGACGGGAUUAUGCAAACCUUCUGUGGAACUAUUGGAUACUGUGCGCCUGAAGUUGUGUUGAAGAAGCCCUACAGCUCAGCAGUUGAUCUCUGGUCUUUGGGUGUUGUUCUUUAUAUUUUAUUGUGUGGUUAUGAACCCUUCUGGGACGAGAGUGGCGAAGUGGGGGUGACUCGGAAAAUAGUGUAUGGCGAUUAUGAGUUUGAAAGCCCGUACUGGGAUGAGAUUUCUUUACCAGCGAAAGAAUUUGUUAAGCAACUGAUGACUGUUGAUCCUGACAAGCGACCUACUGCGAAGGAAGCCCUGUUAAAUCCAUGGGUGCAAGGAAACAUGGCCAGCGACGUUCCAUUGACCGCGACACAAGAAAGAAUUCGCGAAUUCAAUGCAAAAAGAAAGUUCAAGGCCGCUACCAAUGCUGUGGUCGCCUUAAACAAAAUCACUGGUGGUGCAUAUUCUCAGUCUCAAUCUCUCAGCCCGGAGAAAUAAGAUUACGUAUAAUACCUAAUCCUUAAAUUAAUAACGUUAAUUAUUUUCUAUCAAUAAAUUUUCAUACAAUAUUUUGUUAAUUAUAUUCCUUCACCACACCAUCAAUCUGUGAACUGUCUCUCUUUUCAUAUCAGUGAAUGAAUCUCUGUGAUCUAAUAAUGUUAGUCAGUCAUUUAUUGUCAAUUUAAACGAUCCCGACGCCACAGUUUACGGGCAAUUGUACUCUGUCCUCUCAAUAAUAAUAUUUACAUUUAUCUGUAAAAUCGAUUGUGUUAACAACAACAUUGCCAACCGUAUGUACAUGUAGAAAUGUACCUGGACUGGAGUUACAUAGGUUAUGCUACUAUUAUUUAUUCCAUUGGUAUACACGGUGCUACUGAGUACUUGUCAAUAACUUUCUCUCUACUCUUCAAUGCAUUUCAACAACCGUUCUCGUUCAUGUAAAAUGCAUGUCCGACGCGACUUCUUGUGAGCUUCAAGUUAAAAAAAUUGUGUAGUGUUUAGUAUGUAGAUCAAUGUGUUAUUAGACGUAAAAUUUUACAUUUGUCCUCAACAAGACAACACGCGAGUGAAUAUGUAGAGAAAAAAUCAUAAAUAAAUAAACACACACUGUGAAGCAUUUACUCCCCCUGUCAACCUUGUCAAGUCAAAAAGACCGUUUUCAAAUAAUAAACAUAUAUAUUACGAGUUACCAGAAAUUA